AACUCAUAGUAAAAGAUGAUGCUUCCCUUAUAUUGUGUAGAUUAUUUAAAGGUUGCUGCUGAUGGUGCAUACAUAACAGCUACUACUGUAUUUGGAGCAAUGAGAGGACUUGAAACUUUUAGUCAACUCAUUUAUCACAGGCCAGAUGGAGGACUUGCUAUAAACGAAGUGACGGGACUCUAUGACCAACCAAGGUUUCAAUAUCGCGGGAUAUUGAUUGACACCUCCAGACACUUCGUUAAUCUCCACACAAUACUAACUCAUCUUGAUGCAAUGGUGUACAGCAAGUAUAAUAUACUCCAUUGGCAUAUUGUGGAUGAUCCUUCUUUUCCUUAUGAAUCAUACACCUUUCCUGACCUAGCUGCUAAGGGAGCAUUUGAUCAUGAGCACAUUUAUACACAAGAAGAUGUGAAGACUGUUAUUAAUUAUGCUUAUGAACGUGGCAUAAGAGUUAUACCUGAAUUCGAUACUCCAGGUCAUACUCAGUCUUGGGGUGCUGGACAGCCUGAUCUAUUGACUCCUUGUUAUGCCAAUGGCCAACCAAAUGGUGAAUAUGGUCCUGUUAAUCCAAUUCUAAACUCUACAUGGACAUUCUUGACUUCUCUUUAUCAAGAAAUUGAUAACGUUUUCCCUGACAAUUACAUUCAUUUGGGAGGAGAUGAGGUCUCAUUUACUUGCUGGGAAAGUAAUCCUGACAUACAAGCAUGGAUGAAGAAAAUGGGAUACACUGAUUAUGCUAAACUUGAGGAAUAUUAUGAAAACAAUUUGAUUGAUUUGGUCAAUAAACUGAAUAAGAGUUAUGUUGUGUGGCAAGAAAUAUUUGACAAUGGACUAAAGAUCAAAAUGGAUACAGUUAUUGAUGUGUGGAAGACAGGCUGGGAGAAAGAAAUGGAUGCUGUAACUAAAGCUGGUUAUAAAGUUAUCCUAUCAACCUGUUGGUAUCUGAACCGCAUUAGCUAUGGAGAAGACUGGAAAAGUGUGAGUAAUACAUGUUCUUGUGCUGCAUAGAAUA